GUUGUCUCCUGGUUCUGAUGUCUACGUCACCGUUUCAUCCAUUGCCUUAGCACGAUCGCAACAGUGCCGUAAUUCUCCAAGCAACUUAUCAUCCUCAAGUGAGACUGGCUCUACUGGAGGCACAUACAGACAGAAAUCCAUGCCAGAAGGGUUUGGAAUUAGCCGUAGAUCCCCUGCUUCAAUUGACAGGCAGAACACGCAGUCAGAUACGGGCGGUAGCGGCAAAUCCACUCCCAGCUGGCAAAGAAGUGAGGAUAGUAUCACUGACCAGAUGGAACCAACAUGCCAUCUCCCAGCAGUGUCAAAAGUACUGCCAUCCUUCAGAGAGAGCCCCAGUGGAAGACUGAUGAGACAGGAUCCUGUGGUACACUUGUCUCCAAAUAAGCAGGGUCAUUCUGACAGCCACUACUCCAGCCAUUCCAGCAGCAAUACUCUCUCCAGCAAUGCUUCCAGUGCUCACAGUGAUGAGAAAUGGUAUGACAGUGGAGAGCGCACCGAAUCAGAGUUGAACAGCUACAACUACCUUCAAGGGACUUCAGCUGAUAGUGGCAUAGAUACCACUUCCUAUGGACCUAGCCAUGGCAGCACUGCCUCCCUGGGAGCAGCGACGUCUCCCCGUACAGGGCUAACAAAGGAGAAAGUGGCACCACUGUGGCACAGCUCCAGCGAAGUGGUCUCCAUUGGAGACAGGACAUUAGAAAAGGAUAGCCACAUGGAUCGAAAAACUGAAUCUUCACUGAGCCUGGAUAUUCACAGCAAGAGUCAACCAGCCUCCAAUCCUCUAACAAGGGAGAACAGUGCUUACAGUCUUAGUGAUGCUGUCUCACAUACAAGUACCAUGAGCUCACGACACUCUGCCAGCCCUGUGGUUUUCACCAGUGCCAGGAGCUCACCUAAAGAAGAGCUUCAUUCUGCCACUUCUCCCCAGCUCGCACCUUCUUUCUCCUCCUCCUCUUCCUCCUCAUCUGGUCCUAGGACUUUCUACCCUCGCCAGGGUGCUACUAGCAAGUAUCUGAUUGGAUGGAAAAAACCAGAAGGGACGAUAAACUCAGUGGGGUUUAUGGAUUCACGAAAACGUCACCAGAGCGAUGGCAGUGAAAUGGCUCACCCGCGGCUGCGCGCUUCGGCCAGAGAUCUACGGGCAUCGCCGAAACGAGCGUCCAAGUCCACUGUCGAAGAAGACCUGAAGAAAUUGAUAGAUCUUGAUAGCCCAACACCUGAAUCUCAGAAGAAUUUUAAGUCUCCCUUUCCCAGCACUCCUACCACAAGGCGUGCCUUGCAAAGGACUUUGUCAGAUGAGAGUAUUUACAGUGGUCAAAGGGACCACUUCUUCACCUCGCGGGCCUCGCUCUUGGACCAAGCCAUGCCAAAUGAUGUACUAUUCACCAGCACAUACCCUUCUCUCCCAAAGUCGCUGCCGUUACGGAGACCAUCGUAUACUUUGGGAAUGAAAUCGCUGCAUGGAGAGUUCUCUGCCUCAGACAGCUCCCUCACAGAUAUUCAGGAGCAAAGACGGCAGCCCAUGCCAGACCCUGGUCUUAUGCCAUUGCCUGAUUCUGCCUCUGAUCUGGACUGGUCAAACUUGGUAGAUGCUGCCAAAGCCUUUGAAGUUCAGCGAGCUUCAUUCUUUGCUGCUGCUGAUGAAAAUCACAGACCUGUGAGUGCUGCCUCCAGUAGUGAUCAGGCAGAGGACCAGCUUACUGCACAGAUAAAGCCUUAUACAGGUAAAGAAUCUCCUCCAACUCUCGCCUCUAAAGUGGACCAACUGGAAGGUUUGCUGAAGAUGCUGCAAGAAGACUUAAGGAAGGAAAAAGAGGACAAGGCCAGCCUUCAGGCUGAAGUGCAACAUUUGCGGGAAGACAACUUGAGGUUACAGGAGGAAUCCCAGAAUGCAACUGAGAAACUGAAGAAAUUCACCGAAUGGGUUUUCAACACAAUUGAUAUGAACUGAGAACAGUGUAUGGGGAAGGAAACUAUCUGUUAUGAAUAUUAUUACUGGGACUUAAGCUUUAAUGCCACCUUAAUUAUGACAUGUGAAAGUAUAGUCAGAGCACUUCCCUGUCCUUCAUCCUCCAAUAACCCUUUUUUGCAUCUCUGCGCGCACUCAGAACAAUUGCAGAUCAACAAUCAAUGUCUGCCUUUUGUAGAAAAAAACAAAGUAAAUAAUUUUAAAAAGGUAAAAUAAAAAUUUAACUGCUAAAA